AUGACUUUGAGAUUCCGCUUGUUCGCAGACGACAGCUGCUCCCCAGUUACGACUAACGUCACAUCCAGUCCAUCCUGGAAGGAGAUCGAGACUGUGCUGACUCCUUGUCGCUCAGCAGAUGACAGUGUGGACUCCGGCAUUGGAUCAAGCGUUAAACUAUCGAUCAAGCUUCCGUCACGCAAACGCUGUUUAUCUCGUACAUUCAUCGCAAGGAAGAGUCUUUUCUCGGGAAAGCGUCCAGCCGACUCCGAUGAAGCGCAGUCGCCGUUGAAAAAGAAAUCUAAAAGCGAUGACGUCAUAACUGAAGCUCCCUCAACUGAUGACAUCAUAACCGCCGUUGAGCGUCUGGAAUCACAUGACCUGAUAGCCGAUGGAUCACGUGGCUACACACUUCCCACAAUCCCUGGUAAACACAGCGACCUCAAAUCCAUCAGCGCAGACACGAUGGCGGAAGUCUUGAAUGGAGUCUACAGCGACCGCCUGCAUAAGGUGACGAUCGUGGACUGUCGAUAUCCGUACGAGUUCGAAGGAGGUCACAUUCCGCGGUGCAGUUAA